AUGUCGUGGCAUCUCGCGCUUCGCCACAGGCCACGGUCAGGAUUCUCUGUGGGCAAGAUGUAUCUCUCUCGGUCUUUGGGCGUCGCGUCCCUCAUCAUCGCCAGUGUGCAGGCAGCUGUGUCGUCCACUGGCUUCACAGUAUCGCUAACGGAUGUCGACUACUUCCUGCCACCGAAGCCAAUCGCCAAGAUCUCUGGCUGCAAAGAGCUUUCAGCCUCUUUCGAAGAUGCUGUGUUUGUGCCGUUCACAGUGGUCAAGGCGCAAGGCUAUGGUGUCGACGUUGCAGCACUUACAGCCAGCUACGCUGAAGAUGACGUAUGGCAAGAGGGCUUCAUGGAGGCGAUAUACGUCCAGGGAAGCGAAUUCAGGCCUAUGAACUCGUCUUUAACCAUAUUAUCCGGCACCUCAUCCAAGGUAUUGGCUCCAGGACCCUACUUCAUCAACGCAGCCGGCCAUGUCUACGAGGCGUGGAGACUUUUCUCCGACGUUCAAGGUGCUUUCACAGAGUCUGCGAUCGCUAACGGUGAUGGUUCAUACUCUGUCUUGCCCGCAGGCACUGUAGGCCAGAAGCAUGCCAUUGCUGUUCCUUCGCGUCUGUACUUCACAAAGACGGCUGAGAAGCCGCUCGCUGGUGUUCGCAUCGGUAUCAAAGAUAUCUACGAUAUUAAGGGCUUGCGGACUUCAAACGGAAACCGAGCAUGGUACUGGCUAUAUCCUCCUGCCAACGCGACGGCGCCACCCGUUCAGAAUCUCAUCGACGCGGGAGCGAUCAUCGUCGGCAAGAUGAUCACAUCUCAAUUCGCCAACGGUGAGACUGCGACGGCCGACUGGGUCGACUACCACGAGGCAUUCAACCCUCGUGGCGAUGGCUACCAAGACACCUCAUCCUCCAGCAGUGGCGGAGGAGCUGGUACAGCAUCAUACCCCUGGUUGGAUGUCAGUCUUGGAUCCGACACCGGCGGUAGCGUACGCGGACCAUCCCAGGUCCAAGGUCUUUAUGGUAACCGACCAUCUCACGGACUUGUCUCCCUGGAUCAUACCAUGCCUCUCAGCCCCGUGCUCGACACGCCCGGCUUGCUAGCUCGCAACCCGCAAGUCUGGAUGGAGGCAGCACAAGCGAUGUACGGCCCCAACAUCACUAUCACUAGCGACUACCCAACGAGCAUUCAAACUCUUGGCUGGCCUACCGCAGUCGAAGAUGUCGCAGAUGAGCUCCUGAUCAACUUCCUGGGCAACGUGACCGAGUUUCUCAGCGCGAAUGCGACAGCGUACAACGUUACAGCCUCUUUCGACGCUGCGAACGCGGAUAUUGCACCCCUCACAACCUUUAUGAAUCUUACCUACGCCCUGUUGAUCACCAAACAGCAAACUGAGCUCGUUCGCGAGCCCUUCUACGCCGACUACGCCGCCAUUCAUGAUGGCCGCCUGCCCUUCGUCAACCCCGUUCCAUUAGCGCGCUGGGGCUGGGGAGACAACCAGACUUACACAGUCGAGGACGCCGUAGCCAACAAAACCAUCUUUCAAACCUGGGCCAACGAAACCUUCCUCGCGCCGUCGCCCGAGACAUGCUCUGAGUCUCUGGUCAUGUAUGUUGGUUCCACUGGCAGCACCACGUACCGUAACACGUACUGGGAUGAGCCUGGUGUGCCUCUCAGAUUCGGCAAUAGUCGCAUCUCGGUUAUGGCUGAGGUGCCGGAUUAUGUUGUGCCGUUGGGCGAGGCGCCAUACAACUCGACGAUUACGGGACAUGUGGACCACUGCUGGGGCUCAGUCGAAAACCAGCCACUUUGCACAACAUCUGCGAAUCUCGAAAGGCUCCAAAAAGGCAUCGCAUUCGGAGAUUUGCCUAGAACGUUCCAGGACUUUGUUGAAGUCGCACAAUCUAUUGGUAUAAGUCACAUCUGGAUCGACUCUCUAUGCAUCAUCCAAGGCGACAGCAAAGAUUGGCAUUCGGAAGCAGCGAAGAUGGGAGAUGUCUACCGAAAUGCAGCUCUCGUCAUAGCCGCCUCAGGCGCAGCAGAUUCUAGCCAAGGACUGUUUAUAGACGACAGGUCAGCCAGAACGGUCUUCAGAUUGCCUUUUAGGAUAGCGGCUGAAGUCAGAGGAACAUUCAACAUGAUGCAAUGGCCUAAAGAUUCGGAUUGGCACCCAGAAUAUGGUCCUCUAGAAUCUAGGGCAUGGACACUUCAAGAGCGUUGUCUCGCGCGACGCUUAGUUACAUUCAUGCCAGGUGGUAUCACAUGGACUUGCAAGACAAUAUCAGUAGAUGAGUCUGGAGGAUCCAUCUCGUCUUUUCAAUUGACGGGAAAUUGGUUUCGAUUGUUAAGUGAAUAUACAAGAAGAUCUCUGACAUACCCGUCGGAUCGUACUGAAGCUCUCCGAGGAAUCGCUGAAGACCUGACCCCAUGGUCUCUAAAGGAUCAAUAUAUUCCAGAUUACGGUGUUUGGCGGGAUCGCCUCAUGGAACAGCUGCUUUGGUAUAAGACUAAACCGCAUAUCAACCAAGGCGCAUUAUCUGACAAGCCGUCAUGGAGCUGGGCUGCCACUGGGAGUAAUAAGGCAUGGCCAUUUCCUGUCGGUGGCAAGGGUUCUGAAAGCCUUCUCAAGACAAUACUCAAGGGAUUGGUAAUUACCUCACAGGGACAUCUUCAGGUCUUAGGAUUCUUGAGUACCGUCAAGCCCGCCCAAACAUAUGUGCGAGACACGUACACUGCACAUGAUCUCCAGAUACCGAGCCACCACUGGCCCUAUCAAUUAUGGGGUGGAUACAAUAGGACGUGCCCCUAUGUCCUAACGCAAGGCUCAGAUGAUGAUUAUGAUCAAUUAACUCUUGGGAGUGCAUGCUUUGACAAUGACUCAAUAACGUCAUAUAGUCACGCGUGUUUUCUUGGGAAGCAAUUCAAUCCCAAAGGGACGGCUGUGCCGAGACCAUCUGUGAAACGCGAAUUUAUUGAUGACGUAGUCUACCAUACAGAGCAUCAUCCCGAGUUCACCUACUGGGUGCUUCUUCUUGAACAAGUCGACGACAGCAAAUACAGACGCGUCGGCAUCGCGGUAAUCCUACCCGUCGCAUAUAAAGCCUUCCAUCUGAAACUUCAGGACUUUCAGAUUAUUUAG